CUUUAUUCUGUGUAGCACAUUCCUGGAUUUUGACGGAAGCCCAUUCUCUGGUCAUGCUGCUCCCCACCCCUUCCCCCGCCCCCUUUAGCUGCCUCUCUCAGUCAUGGUCUUUCUUCCUCUCCCGAGCGCUGGGUGUGGCUUAUACAUUAGUUAUGAGAUGCAGCCCCUAUUUGCUCAGCUAAUGAUGUAUGCUGGGUUCAGUGGCGGCGUGGUUCUGGAGGCAAGUAGGACCAGCUCCAGGGGUAAAUGUAAUUGGAAACCAGGGCUUUCACCGUCAUAGCUCAGCUACUUUCCAUUCAGUUUUAGGUGCUUAAUUGAGGAACAGAGAGGAUUCCGGGUGCCGGCGCAGUGGAGAGAGCCCUGAGGAUUGCUUUACAAAGAAACUCGGACUACCCGGAGCAAAAAAAUUUCAAGACUGAUACACUUGGGAAAUUAAGAAUUUCUGGUUAAAAAAAAAAUUUUUUUUAAAAAUUAAGAAGGAAAGAAAAAGGAAUAAAGUCACUGGCUUUUGGAAGCCAGAGGGACACUGAUGACUUUGGCUGGCUGAUUUCCUCCAAACUGGGAAUUUUUUUUUUUUUCCCUUGGAUCUUAAAUUGCAGAUUUGAAGAGAUGACAUUUCUGGCAAUCCAAGUGUUGAUUGGGGCAUUUGUUUAUUCUGGCUGUGUAAAAGGAUCUUCACAGCCCCAGGCAAGAGUUUAUUUAACAUUCAAUGAGUUGCAGGAAACCAAGACCUCUGAAUAUUACAGUCUUUCCCACAAUCCAUUAGACUACAGGAUAUUAUUAAUGGAUGAAGAUCAGGACCGGAUAUAUGUGGGCAGCAAAGAUCACAUUCUGUCUUUGAAUAUCAAUAACAUAAGCCAGGACCCUCUGAGUAUUUUCUGGCCUGCAUCUGCAAACAAAGUUGAAGAGUGCAAAAUGGCUGGCAAAGACCCUACACAUGGCUGUGGAAACUUUGUGCGUGUGAUACAGGCUUUCAACCGUACUCAUCUAUAUGUUUGUGGAAGUGGUGCCUUUAGCCCAGUAUGUACAUAUUUGAACAGAGGACGCAGAUCAGAGGAACAAGUCUUCAUGAUUGACUCUAAAUGUGAAUCUGGAAAAGGGCGCUGUUCUUUCAACCCCAACGUAAACACUGUGUCAGUUAUGAUCAAUGAAGAACUUUUCUCAGGAAUGUACAUCGAUUUCAUGGGUACGGAUGCUGCUAUUUUUCGUAGUUUGACCAAAAGGAAUGCAGUCAGAACAGAUCAACACAAUUCUAAAUGGCUAAGUGAACCUAUGUUUGUAGAUGCACAUGUUAUACCAGAUGGUACUGAUCCCAAUGAUGCAAAAGUGUACUUUUUCUUCAAAGAAAAACUAACUGACAAUAGUGGUACUACCAAGCAGAUUCAUUCUAUGAUUGCUAGAAUAUGUCCGAAUGAUACUGGUGGACAGCGAAGCCUUGUUAACAAAUGGACCACUUUCUUAAAAGCUAGAUUAGUAUGUUCAGUGAUGGAUGAAGAUGGCACUGAAACUUAUUUUGAUGAGCUAGAGGAUGUUUUUCUACUAGAAACAGAUAAUCCUCGGACAACACUCGUUUAUGGUAUUUUUACAACAUCAAGCUCAGUAUUUAAAGGUUCAGCAGUAUGUGUUUAUCAUUUAUCUGAUAUUCAGACUGUGUUUAAUGGACCAUUUGCCCACAAAGAAGGGCCAAACCAUCAGCUGAUUCCAUACCAAGGGAGAAUUCCUUACCCCCGUCCUGGCACUUGUCCAGGAGGAGCCUUUACUCCAAACAUGAGAACAACGAAAGAGUUCCCAGAUGAUGUUGUAACCUUUAUUCGGAAUCAUCCCUUAAUGUAUAAUCCCAUCUAUCCAAUCCACAAAAGACCUUUAAUUAUCAGGAUUGGCACAGACUACAAAUAUACGAAGAUAGCUGUAGAUCGAGUAAAUGCUGCUGAUGGAAGAUACCAUGUCUUGUUUCUUGGAACUGAUCGUGGCACAGUACAGAAGGUUGUUGUUCUGCCUACUAAUAGCACAGCUAGUGGAGAACUCAUUUUGGAAGAACUUGAAGUUUUUAAGAAUAAUGCUCCUAUUACAACAAUGAAAAUUUCAUCCAAAAAGCAACAGCUAUAUGUGAGCUCCAAUGAAGGGGUUUCCCAAGUGUCUCUACAUCGCUGUCACAUCUACGGGACAGCUUGUGCUGACUGCUGCCUAGCAAGAGAUCCUUAUUGUGCCUGGGAUGGUAGUUCUUGUUCCAGAUUCUAUCCAACAGGAAAGAGGCGGAGUCGUAGGCAAGAUGUGAGACAUGGAAAUCCAAUGACUCAAUGCAGAGGAUUCAAUCUAAAAGCAUAUAGAAAUGCAGCUGAGAUUAUUCAAUAUGGAGUAAAAAAUAACACCACUUUCCUUGAGUGCACUCCCAAAUCUCCACAGGCAUCUAUCAAAUGGCUGUUACAGAAAGACAAAGACAGAAGGAAAGAGGUCAAACUUAAUGAAAGAAUCAUUGCCACGGAACAAGGACUCCUAAUUCGUUCUGUCCAAGAUUCUGAUCAAGGACUCUAUCACUGUAUUGCAACAGAAAACAGUUUCAAGCAAACGAUAGCCAAGAUAAACUUCAAGGUCUUGGAUUCAGAGAUGAUAGCCUUUGUGACUGACAAGUGGUCUCCCUGGACCUGGGCCAGUUCUGUCCGGGCAUUGCAAUUCCAUCCAAAGGACUUUGUGGGGGCAUUCAGCCACUCAGAAAUGCAGAUGAUUAACCAGUAUUGCAAAGACACCCGACAACAGAGUGCCUCUACACAAGGAGAUGAAUCUCAAAAGAUGAGGGGGGACUAUGGCAAAUUAAAGGCUCUCAUCAAUAGCCGAAAAAGUAGAAACAGGAGGAAUCAGUUACCUGGAUCAUAAUUUUUGUUUCCCCUAUUAGUACAGCUGUUUUUCUUUUAUUUCUUUAUGCUCCCAGUAUGUUGGUUCAUUUUUGUUUUCUCAGAGCAUACUUUGAGCAAAGAAUUUGUUGGAAUACCCAACAAAAUCUUUUACCCCUAUGUGAAAAAUGCAUUGUAAAUGAACUUAAACAUGCAUUUCCUUGUAAAAUUCUGACUAGCACUAGGCUUAUCACAGUCCUCAUGGUGCAUAUAAAUUUUUAAUUUAACCCAGAGUCUAAUUUAUGAAUUACCUUCCCUUCCAAAACCAAUGUUGCUACCUACAGAAGUAUAACUAGAAUAUCUUUCAGUUCAGAUCAGGGAAGCAAUGUUUUGAUUUUAUUUCCUGAAGUACAAUUAUAAUUUGCUAACUGUUUUUUAUGGUUUUAUAUAUGGAAACAAAUACCAGGUUUACAACUUUCAUUUAUGCUGAAAAGUCACCAAGUACAUGGAGGAAAGAAACUGAUAAAUAUAUUAUAUAGCAGAUUUUUUUAAGAUGAUAAAAGAUAUGUUGAAAAUUGCAUGAAUAAAUAGUACAUAAAGAAAAAAAUAUUUAUGUAUUUUAAGUGAAACACUAUUUGCAAAAGGUUCCAAAAAUUGAAUGUUUAGAUUGCUUGUGUAAAUCUUUGAAUAUUUAUUCCCUAUGAUAUACAUGCUUGCACCAAAGUAAAAUGCAUCUUCAACAUCAUAAAGUUCUGUUAUGUGAGCUGUCCAAAGGAAUUAUAAAGAGGUAAAAUAAGAGAAGAAGAUAAAGCUGACAUCCUUCUUCCCAAUUAGAACAGCCUGAUUUUUGAGCUUUUUUGUUUGUUUGUUUUUGUUUUUGUUUUGUUGUUGUUUGUUUGUCCCAAACAAUAGACAUUUUUCUCACAGUGGACAAUGCUGCACAACUCCUUAGAAUAUUAUUCUUUGUAAUUGGCUAGUGUUGUCCUGAGAGGCAAAGUUGAUUUUAAAAUUUGGUUAUAUUUAAGGUGCCAAAGGAUGUAUUUUUGGGGAAAAUGAAACAAAAAAGGAAAUUCUUCUACUUAACACAUUUGUAGAAAAAUAAUUUAAAGUCUUCAUCUUUGAUUUUGAAAAAAACAAUUUUUAACACUUUCAUGCAUUUAAAAAAUUCAGUUUUUAAUCCAUGGUACUAUUUAUAUUAAUCUAAUUAUUUCUAAAGGUCUGAGGUAAUAAGUUAGUACAUUAAAUACACUGGUUUUAGAAAUAGCUAUUCAGUAGCUGUACAAUGUUAAAAAAAAAAAUUCUCAAGCUUCCCGAUUUAUGUCAGAAGCGCUUUUGGAGGGAAUUGCUUAAUGUUUAUGGUUCCAUUAAGAACAGUAAUCAGGGAGAAAAAGACUAAAAUGCAAUUUUCUCCUCUAUUCACAUUUACUGAAAGCUCUUGAGUAAAAACUUCUCCCCAACUCUCUCUUUUCUUCCAUUUUUUGAAGUGGAAAAAUGAUCUCACCAUAGACCUCAUCUAAUGUCUAGGACACUAAACCUAUUACUAUGAAUGACAGUCAAUAGAGAAAAAAGGUCCAAUGACCAUCCUACCUAACACUGCCAAGUUACACCUCUUCAAAGAUCAGUCAUUUCCAAAAUGAAUCUGAUCAUUGAUCAGGAUAUAAGCAUAUGUUUUAUUAUUUAAAUAGUUAUAAGUUAUGAUAUAUUAAUAUGGUGGUCUCACUUGGACCUGAAAAAUAGUAGGUACUUAUGGAAUACAGAAUAUUAGUAAUUAGGAUGUGAAAUUUGUUUUUUUUUUUUUUUAAGACUGAAUACAAAUUUCAUGUUCCAAAAAAAUAGUUUCCAAAGCUGCUUCAACUAUAGAUAUUUUGACUGUUAAAAAAUUUUAAAUGUUAAACUAUUAUUUUCUCCUUUGUAAAAGUAGCAGAAAUGUGCAUCAGUGUCUAUAGAUAAUAAUAAUUUAACAAAAAAUCUUCCACAGAAGUUUCAAGAUCUCUGUACAGAAGUGAAAAAUACAAUUACUUUAAGGUAAAUGAUCAGAGUAAUGUAUCCCAUUUCACUCAUAUCACAUAGAUAUAACCUGGUAGGCAAUAUGGAUGUUUAGUUUUGUAAUGUUAUUUGUGCUAUUUAAUAUCUUUUCUUUGGGACAUUAUUAAAAUGUAUAUAAUUUUAUUACUUUUUUAAAGAAAUCUUAUAAACUGCCAAAUGUAAAGAUUAUGUAUCUCCUUGCCCCCAAAAUUUCUUUAAUGUAAAUUGUAUGUUGGUGGCUCCCUUUAUUUUUUAUGUGUAGUUUGUACAGUUUGCUGAUGUAAUAAUAUGUCCUUCAUGAACAUUGGUACUGUAGAUAAAAUGUCCUAGAAAAACAUUUUUAAAGUGCAGGUGGGUGUAUAGUUCUUAGCAUGAUGAAACUGUUAUUACGGUGAAUGUUAACUAUGUCUUCAAUAAGUAACAAAUGUAGCUAGCAUAGUAAUAUUUAAUUGAAUACCUAAAAUAUUAUUUGCUUGAUUAAAAUAAAGUGUGUUAAAAUCACAGACGUUCUUUUAGUUUUUCCCUUCAGGGUGUUGUGAAUCUUCUAUUCAUGUUGUAGAAAGUAACUGGUUUUAAAAUAACAUUCUUUGUUGAAUGAAUUUUAAGAAUUUAACUUCUGCUACCAACUAGCUUUAUCUGUGCUAGCCUUUAGAUAAAGGGGAAAGCAUUUUGGGCUUUCUGGUUGAUUGGCCUAGUGAAUAACAAAUCAGCCUCGAAGGCAAGAAAAUAUGGAUUUAAGAUCUAAAUCUAACUAUCUAAAUCAUAACUUCUCAGUGCUCUAGGCCAAAGCUUCUUAAACUGAGUUGUGGCCUUAUAAGGAAUCAUGUAACAAUGUGGGAGAUAAGAAAUUAUGAUUUUUUAUCAGUAAUUAGUUGAUUUUUAUAACUUGUUCUAGACCUGUAUGGUCAUGUGAAAUUUCUCAGAAGAAAAGGAGUCAUGAGUGGGAAAAAAAUUAAAAAGAUGUAAUUUCCAGGAUAUGUACUUAUUUACCUUCAUAAGAGUUUCCUUAUCUGAGGAUUCCUUAUAUUAAUGAAAUAGUGGCUCCUUAUUCUUAUACCUGUUCAAAAUACCUGGCUAAUGGGAUUAUUUCUAAGUCUAUGUCAUGAUUAUAAAUAUCUAGAUUUCAAAUCAUUCUGCUUUCAAAUUCUGUCAUAAAUACUCCCCACUGAUUGAUGCACUAACCUCAUAAAGUUAUUGUGAAAUAAAGAUAAAAUCUAUAUAUUUGUCAAAAUUUGACCCCUACCUAAAUACCCUAUUGUUAUUAUUAUUAUUAUUAUUGGCUAUGAAAAAGAGGUGAACAAAUUAAUUCCUCUCCUUUAAAUAUUUGGGCCUUUGUUUUCUGGCAGUUCAGUGAAUAUGAUAAGGUAAAUAAGUUUUUUUGUUUUUUUUUUAAGUGGUGUAAGACUCAGUAUGUCCAAGUUUCUGCUUCAAAGUGCCUGAUAUAAGUCAUGGUCCAACAAUCUGCCAUGCUUUAUUGUUAAUGUUUGUAUAAAACAGUUCAAUUUCUACAAAGUAUUGUGCUUCUUUUAUUCAUUACUUUGGAUAUACUUAAUUUUGACAAUGUAUAAAACUGAAUGAGAAAAUGUUUCAACAUAUAUAUGUUGAAAUACUAUUCCAUAUAUGUCUUGUCUUAAACCAUUCAGAUUACAAUUCCUUUUAUGCCUUAUUAGAUGCCUUCCUGAGCAACUGUGACUAAAACCAACUAAAAUUAUCAAUUGAAUAUUUAUGUUGAUUUUUAUUGCCUGAUAAUCUCACAGAGUUUCUGGAUUGGUAAAUAUCUUUGAGCAUAAAAGUUUCUAUAUAAUAAUAAAAGUGUCCAAGUAUGAA